UGUUUAUUUCUUGAAAAGCCGCUGACAAGUAUUCAAAUUUUUGAUUUGUCGCAACUUUUCGCCGUUGGAAAUUUUAUCCUAGCCUAGAGCGCGCGGUAAUGGAGCACGAAGAGGUGACAAUGAGAAGUUGCAAUGGAACAACUCUUAACAUACCAUCCCAAAACAGAACGGAAGAGACAAACAUCUCAUCAACUCAGCAGCGAUUUGACUCCAAAAAUCCUUUCGAAGGACGCACGACACACUACACCGACGACUUGUGGACUUUCGUGUCCAUCAUAACAUUUGUAGCGGACAUCGGAUCUGACCUACUUGUAUGUGUCAAGUAUUACAGGGACAAAGAUUUAUGGUGGUUUGGCCUUACACUUGGCUUCUUACUAGCCGCUUCAUUUGCAAUGCAGUUGUUCUCGGCUAAGUGGCUUUUGGAAGAUGGCAAAAGACAGCACUGUUUCACAUACAUUUUACAUGUCCUUCACCUGGGACCAGUUCAGAGAUACUGGAACGUCCUCAGAUGUGGCUGGAAAGCGAGGCGAAAGAACGCAACUAUUCUAGAGUUUGCGGCGUUUCUGGCCGAAUGGCGGGACAUCAGCAUGCUGAGGCUUCUUCAAGCCUUCCUACAGUCUGCCCCUCAACUUGUUCUUCAGCUUUACAUUUUACUUCAGCGACCACGCCUGCGGGUGAAAGAUGACAUGCUCACCGCUGUUGCCGCCGCUUGUUCUCUCGUGUCCAUGAUCUGGGCCAUACUAGCUUACAGUAAAUCGUUAAGGGACUUCAGAAAGCAAGGUUACGUACUCUCAGCAGCCGGCUUGUUUUUCCAGGUACUAUGGCGCAUCUCCGUGGUGUCUUCACGUGUGGUUGCCAUGGUUCUUUUUGCGUCAUACUUUAAGCAGUGGCUGUUUGUUGCCGUCGGUGCACAUUGGAUUAUCAUGACUAUGUGGCUGAUAUGUCAGCGAACUCGCUUUUGCACAGAUGAAGACGGCAACGAGCAUCCGUACCGGGAGAAACUGUUCAGUGCUGUAAUUGGCUUCAUAUACAUCUUUUGCUUUUUCAACACACGAGAAGGGAUGACUCGGAAGCGUGUUGUGUUGUUCUACUCCAUCAUUUUAGUCGAGAACUCCUUGUUCGUAUCCAUGUGGUAUCCUCACCGGACAUUCCGUGGAAUAAUGGCUAUAACAGCCUUGGGGGUGGUGUGGGGAGGGCUUGUUUUUGGCAUAGUUUGCAUGCUGAUCUAUUACCGCUUCUAUCACCCCAGUUUGCCAGUUCAAGGAAUCUUUCUCCAAAAAAGAAGCUUUGAUCUGGAAGGAGAAGUGUCUCACACUUGGGUUUGCUGCUGGUGUUGUCGUGUACGAGGAUCAAGACAGAGAAAUGGCGCACUUGAGCAGAAUGGAGCUGACGGUUUGAUAACAAACGUGAACCGCAGCAAGAACCACCACCCUGCUCUGGAACUGGAAAUUCUCCCGCGCACUCCAUCAUGGGAGCUUGUACAAGAAGGCUUGCACGUAAAUGGGAACCAUCUUGGGCGCACGGGGUCACAUGACCUUGCCUCUGAUCCAGACCUUUCUCCUACUAAUAUCCUUGUUCACAGUACACCCGCACGGCCCUUAGGCAUGGCCAGUCAUCCGCUGGUCACAAGUCGCGUACCCAGAAUCACGGUGACGGGGGCAACUCCUGAGGUAAUGAGUCCGAGAGAUUCAAUUUCAAACUCUUCUCUCGUGACAUUAAAGGAGGUUGACAUGGAAACGCUAAAUAGUGUACAGUGCCCUGAUCACUCUGCCAGAUUAGCGGACCGGACGGAUGCUGCUACGGGAGAUACAGAACCAGAAAAGAUGGAUAAAGAUAAGAAAAGUUUUAAGACUAGACGGGGACUAGCUUUUGACGAUGACAUAACAUAUACGUCGCCAAAAAGUCCGACUGCUGGAGAGAUCAUUAGCUGGUUCCAUCCUGAGCAAGCUGGCUUCGACACUUCUUUAGACGCUGAGGAGGAAAACAACACAGAAAAGAUCAAUUAUGGCUCGCUGAGCUUUGGUAAUCGAUACAGUCUCGUGUCCUCGGACUGCAUCUCGUUAUCAUCCGAGAGCUCACGAAGCUCCGUGGACAGCAUAGUAUUUGCCGAUGAGGGUCCCGGCAGUUCCGGUGUUCAUAUUAAGAAAACGCUUUCUGAUGACAUCACUCUUAGGGCAAUGGAUGAAGGAAUUUUUUCUGAUGAGCGGGAUUCGCCAGCAAAAGCCAAUAUUCCUGAAGACCAAGAUAGAUAUUCAAAACCUUGUACACCCCAGGCCUCCAGAGUUAAUGCUCAAUUCCCUGCUUUAGCCAUAAACACCUUUCAGGAUACUUCUACAGGAGCCCAGGCGGGUGAAGCAGUAGAAAAGUUGUCUGUAUUUUCUGAAAACUCGGACGACGAUAGCCUCGACUUGGUUGAAUUGUUAAUGGAUGCUCCGUCAUCACCACUGUCUAAUCUGAAAAAGAGGAGCAGGGAAGCAGGAAACAGUGUGUCAUCCGAGGACAGAGAAAGUGUUGAAAGUAAACCGAGUAAUGUAAGAGAAGAGUCUGUGUCCGAGCAAGAAGAUGGACACGAAAGCGAGUCCACUGACGCAAGUAGUGACAGCAAUUACAGAAGGAAUCGCCAUCGCUCGUGUGACGAGAUACAGACUGGGGCGAGUGGUGUCCCGUCCUCUCCGGAUGAAAUAAAUAAACGGCACACGUUUGACUUUUCGCAAUUGUCGAAGAGCUCCAGGUCCCCUCGAAGACGAAGAGACAGGAAAUAUAAGCGCACGAAGAGAAAGGAGUUCGACAACUUUGUUGUCACCACACUGAAGCCAGGAAAGUACGGUUCUCUUCGGCGUUCGAUUGAUCGUCUGGCCAAAAUACAGGAAGACACGGAGGAAACUUUCUUACUCAAUACUGAGGCUGCAUUAAAUGCCUGCAUUCCUGAAGACGAGGAGCUUUCCUUGCCGACUCACGAUACAAGUGAAUUGCAAAAGAAAAGCGAAGAUGACUGCAGUACCAUGAAGCGUGAGUUAAGCUGCAGUACAGACAGCUCAAGUGCUCCUAUGCUUGAUUUUCAAGAACACAGAACGGUGUCUGACAGAGAGAACUUCUUGAAACGAAAGCGCAUGAAAAGAUUUUUAUCGAAGGAGUUGGCUCCUGGAAAAUUCUCAUCUGUGAGACUUUCUUCCGAAAGUGGACCUUCAGAUGAAAGUUUUCAAAUUUUCCAUGAAAGUGAGUUUUCGGGUAGACGGCAAGAGUUACCUUCGACAGUGUCUGCAGAUAGCUUGCCCAAUCGAAGUCGCCAUUCAAACUGUACAGGUCAGAGAUCAUAUAGUGGAAAUAGGAGAAAGGAGCUUCACGGAAAAGCGGUUAGUCUUCCAGAUGUUAUACGUUCAACCGGAAGUAAAUAUAGGCCGGUAGUUGAGAACAAUGUAGCUUCCGAGAAAGCUAUAACAAGUCGAGUAAAGCAUUCUCUUAAUCCUACACUUGGUAAGGACGGACACAACAAUACACGUGGAAGAGAUCUUGUUCCUGUCCUCAACAAAAGACACACCUAUGAUUUCGUCAAUAAUUCUGCCCGCCAAGUGGAAGCGAGGGAGCCGUUGGUCAAAAAUGAGAAUGGAAUGUGGACAGCGGAAGAUCGUCAGCAGCGGAGAUCUCAGUCUGAGGUUUUCAUUAGCACACGAAGUUCAUCUGUUUACGUUUAAUACAGGUGACUGCCAUCUCGUGACAAGAAAAGGGAGGGUAUAUGUUUCAGCAAGUAAAAACUAACGAUAUAAUUCCCCGACGUUUCGGCGACCUCAUGAAGCCAUUAUCGAAGAAUGAAUAAGUCAAAACGAGUUCAAAAGAGGUAAGACUUGUAGAUUUACCUAAAUGAAGUUAAGUUAGAGACUUAAGCGCGGAUCGAAUCUGUUUGUACAUUCAAACGCGGUCUCAAUUGUUUGAUGUACAGCAUGUACAGCAACAGUCUUUGGCUAACUUAACUUCAUUUUUGUAAAUCUACAGGUCUUACCUCUUUUGAACUCGCUCUCAUUUGUUCAUUCCUUGAUAAUGGCGUCAUAAGGUCGUCGAAGCGUCGGGACAUUGUAUCGUUAGUUUUUGCUUGCUUAUGUAUUUCAAAAGCAUAUAUUAAAGGUAACUUAAAAUUUCUGGUCUCAUGACUGAAUGUGCCAGUCAACUUCACUGAUGAUUUUUCUGAAAAAAAGUUCUAGACGGACCGGACUUCAGAACUGAUUUCGCUAGUCACAUAGUAAAUAAGCAUACGUAUUCGCUUUAAGCGUUAUUUGAGUCAUCUAAACAAACGGUUUUCUCAUUUGUAAUUUUUUUAGAUUUAGAGUUUUCCUAGGUGAGAAAUUAUACAUAACCGUUAUUUCGGACACUUACAAACAAACGUUUUUAUUUUAUAAAAUAAGUGUUACCUAGGGCGUGUAAAUUUUAAUUGAAAUCGUGUGGUUCAAUUGUCGAAAUUUCCACAGUUUCCAUGCAUUCAUGAGAAUUGAGACUCUGAGAUAUCUCAGUCGUCUGCUGUUACAGUUCUUCGACUCAUUCUCAUUCAGACAUUUCUAAAAUGUUUCAUCUAUGACAUACAUUAGAGUGUUAUCUUAUUCUUUCACCGCCGAGAUAUACAUCCAGACCGUUAGUAAUAAAAGGUGAUGUGACACCGAUUUAUUGCAUUGUAACAUUAGUGCAAAACACUUGGCAUACAGCGAGCGGAGUUAUCCUUGUUACUAUAAUUACAUCUAUUUCGGGAGUGCAUUUACCAUGAAAAGAAUUACAGUUACGCUCAAUUUAAAAUCGAAUAGGGUCUAUUGCCAGCUUUAUCAACACUUUCAAACCACUUAGCUAGUUAAACUUGUGAGUGGCAUGAUUUGAUUUCUACUGCAGUCAACUUCAAGGCAGACACUCUCAAUCUCACCGAGUUCAAGUCAGGUGACUGAAAUACUGUGACCUGUUUGUUAAAUUAACUAUUGAUGUAUUCGUUAUGAGUGAAAGUCAGCCAAACUGGACAUUUCAUUCCAUCUCGAAUUUCCCCCCCCCCCCCCCUUUUUUAUGUAAAUUAUGUAAAUUGAACAUAAAAAGAAUGCCAGUCUUUAGGAUCGUUUAUGCAAAUCAGUUGUAGAAAGAUUUUGAAACAAUUUAGUUUCAAGAUGCGCAUCACUCAAGCAAUGGCACGCAUAGAUUUAGUUAGUGUCACUGUAUCAUCGUAUUUCAAGCUUAUAGUUUUGUAAAAAAAAACAAUUCAGCUGAUAACAUCCAUGGGCUACAGCGUUGGCCCUGGCUGUAUUAAGCUUUAUUGGAGUCACUAGAAAGAGAAAAGUAUGUAAAUAGUUUGCUACUCUGAUGAUUUUUAAACAGUCACAAAUUGCAGGCCGGCGGACUCGCAAUGGUCAGGUAUAAGUUCGCAAUUACGUUCACACGUACAAUGGCAUUGAAGUAGGUGACGUUCGAUAUAUCAAUAUUCUAACAUGGUUCCGAGGCUUUCAGGACAAACCUCUAUAUUUGG